CAGUUCGGCUCCACCCCCGCGUGGCGGCGGCUCGCUUCGUCCGAACCCGCGCUCGGCACCAGCCCAGCCCGGGCGUGCGGCCGCCACCUGCCCCGCGCUUGCUCCGCCCGCCCCCACCGCGGCCCAACUUGGAUGGAGUUGGGGUCCUGAGCGCCUGUCCCCCUCAGCUGGCCAGCGGAGAGCCCCGCGCCGACACCUCCAGUCUGGGACCCCUUCUCCGCUCCUCUCCGCUCCAGCGAUGGGAAAAGUUGGUGCCGGCGGCUGCUCCCCAGCCGGGCUGAGCGCGCUCCUCGCUGGCGCGGGGUUCUUGGUCCUCUGCGCCCCGGGCGCCUGCGGAGGCGACUCCUGCUGCCCUCCGCUGCCUCCCAGCUCGGCUCCACGCUGGGUUCCGACCCCGCGGGGGCUUCCUCACCAGGGGCCGCGAGGUAGGGCUCCUGCCACGCCUCUGCCCCUGCUCGGACGCCCCCUGUUCGCAGUGUCCCCCGGAGACCGAGUGCUAUCCCUGGAGCGGGCCCCGGGCACCGGGGCUUCGGUGGCGGUUGCUCCACGCUCUGGCCGGAGAAGACGGAGUGGAGAGGCUCAAGAGAAGGCAGACCCGGAAGAGGGCACGAAUAGAAGCCCCCGAGGAGUGCUAAGGGACAGAGGGCAGCAGGAGUCUGGGACUCUGGAGCGGGACCCGGACAAAGCCACUCGCUUCCGGCUGGAGGAGCUGAGACUGACCAGCACCACGUUCGCGCUGACAGGCGACUCCGCACACAAUCAAGCCAUGGUCCACUGGUCUGGCCACAACAGUAGCGUGAUUCUCAUUUUGACAAAGCUCUAUGACUAUAACCUGGGGAGCAUCACAGAGAGCUCGCUUUGGAGGUCAACUGAUUAUGGGACAACCUAUGAGAAGCUGAAUGAUAAAGUUGGAUUGAAAACAAUUUUAAGCUAUCUCUACGUGUGUCCUACCAACAAGCGUAAGAUUAUGUUGCUCACAGACCCGGAGAUUGAGAGCAGUUUACUCAUCAGCUCAGACGAAGGGGCCACCUAUCAAAAGUACCGGCUGAACUUUUACAUCCAGAGUUUACUUUUCCACCCCAAGCAAGAGGACUGGAUUCUGGCGUACAGCCAGGACCAAAAGUUAUACAGCUCUGCUGAAUUUGGAAGAAGGUGGCAGCUUAUCCAGGAAGGGGUUGUACCGAACAGGUUCUACUGGUCUGUGAUGGGGUCAAACAAGGAACCAGAUCUUGUGCAUCUCGAGGCCAGAACUGUGGAUGGUCAUUCACAAUAUCUGACUUGCAGAAUGCAGAACUGCACAGAGGCCAACAGAAAUAAACCUUUCCCAGGCUACAUUGACCCAGACUCUUUGAUUGUCCAGGACGAUUACGUGUUUGUUCAGCUGACGUCAGGAGGACGGCCACAUUACUACGUGUCCUAUCGAAGGAAUACCUUUGCCCAGAUGAAGCUGCCCAAGUAUGCUUUGCCUAAGGACAUGCACGUCAUCAGCACUGAUGAGAACCAAGUGUUUGCAGCCGUCCAAGAAUGGAACCAAAAUGACACAUACAACCUCUACAUCUCAGAUACCAGAGGUGUCUACUUCACCCUGGCCUUGGAGAAUGUCCAGAGCAGUAGAGGCCCUGAGGGCAAUGUCAUGAUUGACCUCUAUGAGGUAGCAGGGAUAAAGGGAAUGUUCUUGGCUAACAAGAAGAUUGACAACCAAGUGAAGACUUUCAUCACGUACAACAAAGGCAGAGACUGGCGUUUGCUGCAGGCACCAGACACGGACCUCAGGGGGGACCCUGUGCACUGCUUGCUGCCCUACUGCUCACUACACCUUCACCUUAAGGUCUCUGAAAAUCCCUACACCUCAGGGAUCAUUGCCAGCCGAGACACAGCUCCCAGCAUCAUAGUGGCUUCAGGUAACAUAGGCUCCGAGUUGUCAGACAGCGACAUCAGCAUGUUUGUCUCUUCAGAUGCAGGGAACACUUGGAGGCAGAUCUUUGAAGAAGAGCACAGCGUUUUGUAUCUGGAUCAAGGUGGAGUCCUGGUCGCCAUGAAGCACACAUCUCUCCCAAUUCGACAUCUCUGGUUGAGUUUUGAUGAAGGGAGGUCUUGGAGCAAAUACAGUUUCACAUCUAUUCCACUUUUUGUGGAUGGGGUUCUGGGUGAGCCUGGGGAAGAAACUCUAAUCAUGACAGUGUUUGGACACUUUAGCCACCGCUCUGAAUGGCAGCUGGUCAAAGUGGACUACAAGUCUAUUUUCGAUAGGCGAUGUGCCGAGGAGGACUACAGACCCUGGCAGCUGCACAGCCAGGGGGAAGCAUGCAUCAUGGGAGCAAAAAGGAUAUAUAAGAAGAGAAAAUCGGAGCGGAAAUGUAUGCAAGGAAAAUACGCAGGAGCUAUGGAGUCAGAGCCCUGCGUCUGCACAGAGGCCGAUUUUGACUGUGACUACGGUUAUGAGCGACACAGCAAUGGCCAGUGCCUGCCAGCAUUUUGGUUCAAUCCAUCUUCUCUGUCGAAGGACUGCAGCUUGGGACAGAGUUACCUCAAUAGCACUGGGUAUCGAAAGGUGGUUUCCAAUAACUGCACGGAUGGAGUGAGAGAACAGUACACAGCCAAACCGCAGAAGUGUCCAGGGAAGGCACCUCGAGGGCUCCGGAUUGUCACUGCUGAUGGAAAGCUAACAGCAGAGCAAGGCCACAAUGUGACUCUCAUGGUUCAAUUGGAAGAGGGCGACGUCCAGAGGACGCUCAUCCUGGACUUCGGGGACGGCAUCGCAGUGUCUUAUGUCAACCUCAGCUCCACAGAAGAUGGGAUCAAGCACGUCUAUCACAAUGUGGGCAUUUUCCGAGUGACCGUGCAGGUGGACAACAGUCUGGGGUCUGACAGCGCCGUCCUGUACUUACAUGUAACUUGUCCCCUGGAGCACGUACACCUGUCUCUUCCCUUUGUCACCACGAAGAACAAAGAGGUCAAUGCGACUGCCGUGCUGUGGCCCAGCCAGGUGGGCACCCUCACCUACGUGUGGUGGUACGGAAACAACACGGAGCCCUUGAUCACCCUGGAGGGAAGCAUAUCGUUCAAGUUCACUUCCGAAGGGAUGAACACCAUCACUGUGCAAGUCUCAGCCGGGAAUGCCAUCCUGCAGGACACGAAAACCAUCGCGGUGUAUGAGGAAUUCCGAUCUCUUCGCCUGUCCUUUUCUCCAAACCUGGACGACUACAACCCGGACAUCCCUGAGUGGAGAAGGGACAUCAGCCGAGUCAUCAAAAAGUCCCUGGUGGAAGCCACUGGGGUUCCUGGCCAGCACAUCUUGGUGGCAGUCCUCCCUGGCUUACCCACUGCCGCUGAGCUCUUUGUCCUGCCCUAUCAGGAUCCGACAGGAGAAAACAAACGGUCAGCUGAAGAUCUGGAGCAGAUAUCGGAACUGCUAAUUCACAAGCUCAACCAAAACUCUGUGCACUUUGAGCUGAAGCCUGGUGUCCAAGUCCUUGUCCAUGCAGCCCACUUGACAGCAGCCCCGCUGGUGGACCUCACUCCGACCCACAGUGGAUCUGCCAUGCUGAUGCUGCUGUCCGUGGUGUUUGUGGGGCUGGCCGUGUUCGUCAUCUACAAGUUUAAAAGGAAGAUCCCGGGGAUUAAUGUUUAUGCCCAGAUGCAGAAUGAGAAAGAACGAGAGAUGGUCAGUCGAGUCAGUCACCCUGAAAGCAGGCCCCAUAUCCCUCAGACUGAACUCAGGCGGCCUGGCCAGCUGAUAGAUGAGAAGGUGGAAUCCCAGCUCAUAGGAGAGUAGCUUUACCCUCCCCUCCCUCCCCUUCUACUCAACCUGGUGACUCAUCUCUCCGAUUGCAAAGAGCAAGACACGCCACUCCACCUGCAUCGCCAAAGCGGGGAUCUGCUGGGACUCAAUUUGCAAUUUAAGGAACACCCCUAAAGGCUACAGGCGACCUGCUGAUCAGGAAAGAAUUUCGCUCUUGUCAAGUACAUCCUUCUUCAUGACCACUAACGUUAUGUUUUCUUUCUUUCCUUUGUUGUUCUGUUUCCUGUUUUGCCAGGAAGUAUUUCCAUAGUUGCUGAGAAUCAAAGCACAAAAGAAAUCCCUACCUAUGUAAAUGUUUGAAUGGAGGACGCCAGUAAAAACAAAAACAAACAAAUCAAAUAAAAACAAUCAAAAUCCAAACAAACAAACAAACACUCACUGCAUCGGGACUUUUUAAUUCUUCAGACACAGACAACAAGGGUUUUUAGCUUUAAGCCUGUGCAUGUGGACAAUACCUUGAGAACAUGCUUGGAGGGGUAGUGUACAGGUGCUCUAUUUUAAUGGAAAAACACUCCCCUACCCUUUUCUUCUUCUCUUUUUUCUGAUCGGUCGUGUUUGUAGAAAAUUCCUAACAUAUAUAGGCCAAGGAAAUCUGCAUGUAUUUUUGGAAAUAUUCUUGGCUCUAGAUUUAACAGCUAUUUUAGCACUACGGGCUGAUGGGUGGAUUAGCCACUCCAGUUCUUUUCACAAGACACAAAGACAUGCACAGGAGUUUGAAACCCUGAGCUGUUUCUCUGUUCCAUGUUCCUCGUUGCCAUUGUCCCUUCUCAGUUAUCUUGGGUAGUCUCUGUUGGUCGGCAGCGGCCACCGGACUGCCUUCUCCAUUCUGUGUGGCCACGGAGACAAAGAAGUGAGUUAAAAUUCCAUGGAUGCAGGCAGAAUAGGGAAGGCAGGCCGGCAAGGGGACAAGUGUGUUAGAAGUGGACCUGUGUUUUCUGUUCCCCCCUUUCCAUCAUGACCGCUUCCUCCUGUAGUUUUCUCUGCUUCUGCCCUACGUAGAAGACAGAAUCUAGUUAACCUGAAUUCUGACCCUCCCUCUUGUUUGCUCUCCACGUGUGCUCUUGAUCUGUCCAUGUCUGUCCCCUUUCCUUCAAAUCCCCAAGUAUCUUUCAGCUCCUCCUGCUUUUAUUUCCCAAGCACGUUAGAUUCUGGACAUUCAUCCUGAUGUUCCCUAAAUGCUGGCCUGGCCUCUGCCAACCCUGUCUCUACCACCUGAAGUUUUGGGGCUCACACACCCAGGCAUGCCAGCCUCCAUACACGCUGACCACGCUCAUCCUACCCUGCAGCGUUCAGCUUCGUGUAUUUUUUUUUUUUUUAAUCUCCUUCUAUAGAACCUGCCUCUUCCAAAUAGCCUCACCUUUUCCCACAUGGAAACAUAUAAUAUGUGUAUAAGAGUUGAGAUAUACAAAGCAAUUCAAACCUGGCCCUGUACCUUAGAAAAGAAAGCAUGCAGAUGAAUAGGGGUAUUCUCACACCCUAACAAAAAUCUCCUGCAGUCAGAUUUCAGAACCUUCUUGGGAAAAAUGUUUGGAACAUGUUACUCUGUGUCAGGGCAAUUUCCUCCUGUGAUGGUUACCCUUACCUAGUAUUUUCCUCUCUCACAGUAGAGUGGAAAUAUUUGUAAAAUAAAACUUAUUUUUUAACCAGAAGCAGCAGCAGGUUAAUGGAUGUAAUGUUUGAGUCAAAAAGUCUGAGAAUAUUUAAGGUCUUGUCUUACAUUAGGAUGGGAUUGUGACUAUGUAGGAUGAUCUAGACUCUUUACUGUGUGCUCUCUGAUCUCUGAGUAUCAUAGUGUCAGCAGAGGAAAAAUUCAUAAAGGGGAGGAGAUAGCUGACUUCAGCAGAUUGAAUCAAAGCAUAAAGAAAUCCCAGGUUUUCCAGGGCAAUUGAGAAAGAAAGCCUGGAGAAAGAGGGAGACAAAAGUAUGUCUGGUAGAAGUGUUUGGAGUAUGAUGGAUUGGAUAAAGCCCACUUCAAAAUAAAGGAAAGUGCUUUCAACAGGCUGCUCGCAGUGUAGCCUCCUUCUUGGCCAUGUUCCCAGGCCAACAUCAGUGUAUAACAAAGCCUUGAACAUGGGGGGUGUCCUUAAGAUCCUGAUGACCCCCAUCCUAGGAUAGCUCAGGUCAGGGAAGAGAAGCAGAACUUUAGUCAGAAGUUAAUCAAGCAGAAGCUUUUAUGGUUGAAGAUCCCUGGAAUGAAUCUGGGAGAUGGAUGAUGCCUGAGGUGCCAUCUCUUUGUAGAACUCAGUUGAUUCCCAGCCUCCCAGGCUUCCUACCCCAUGGGGAACAUCCUCAUUGAUCCUCUUCAGUUGCAGCCUCCCACAUUUAAUCUGGAAGACAAAGUGUUUGGAAACCAAAAGAGGCUCACCCCAAACAGCACAGAAAGUCCUCAGAGUUGCAGUUCAAUUAUUUUUCAUUGGAAAGCUGUGAAAAGGGGGCUAACACUAUCUAACACAGUGCCUUGCCUAGAGUAAGUACGAAGGAAAUUAUCUAUUGAAACAAUAAAUGAAUGAAUACAUGACAAGACAUAGGGAAGAAUGAGCUUAUAAAUCCUAAUUAAAAACAGAAUUGGACAUGAGAUGCCUGGAAUUUUGAAAGUGAUCAGAGAUGGCCAGUUCUAGAUGCAGCAUCUCUAGGGUCCUCAGGUGCCUCUCCUCAGAGCUCCCUCCCACCUGUAGGAGAUUAGUGAGGCAAAGUACUGCUCAGAGGUGAACUCAUUGUUUUUGGGAUCUAGCUCAAUGGUUCUCAAAGUGUGGUACCCAGACCAGCGGAAUUAGCAUCACUUCGGAGCCUGCAAAUGGGAGGGACCCAAGUGCCUACCUACUCGCUAACAGCAGGUGCAAACACAAUGAGGAGUUUGGUGGGCUUGGGGCCAGAGGAGUGGAUGGGAAGGGAUGGAUGCAGAAGGUCAGAUUCAGGGCAAGCUACAAAUCUGAUAUUGCAACAUUUUCCAAAAGUCCAGAAGGCAAACCAUGCAUGCUCUACCCUGAACUCCCCAACCAAGGUUUUCUCCUUUGCCUUGUUUUUAACUGGGUUCAUUGUCCAAAAUGCAGAGGUUUGCUUUGCUUUUUUUUCAGAAGUUCCAAACAGCAACUUUGAGAGCAGUGGGGUGCUUGGCAGCUGUUCUGUGUUUUCCAGGAUUCCAACUGAGCAUUGAUAUUCCCUCAUUUGCCAACUUAUUUUUAUAGGAAGCCAAUUAAAAAAAAAGUUUUCUUAUAGUAUUGGAACUACUUCUAAUUUUAAAAUGACUUUUUUGAUGUAUUUUUUGUUAAAUACUAUGUAGUGUAAUGUAUAAUUGCUCUUGUUUAUUGCUUUU